GCCUGUGCCGAUGUUUCAGGGCUAUGGCUACGCCGGCGGCGGCGCCGGCGGCUGCGGGGCGGGCUGUGGGGCCGGCUGCGGCGGCUGUGGCGGCUGCGGGGGCUGCGGAGGCUGUGGCGGCUGUGGCGGCUGCGGCGGCUGUGGCGGCUGCGGAGGCUGCGGCGGAGCCGGGUGCUUUGGCGGCUGUGGCGGUGGAUGCAUGGGAGGGCCCGGGAUGCCCAGCGGCCUCCCUGCAGGGCUCAUGGGAGCCAUACCCGGGCGAGUGCCAACUACGGUGCCUCCAAAAAGUAGCAUGCCGGUCGCCGUCCUGCCAAAAGCAGCAGGCGCUGUGCCGCCCGGUGCUGCCCUCUUGGCGGCAUCAAGCAAGAAGAACAAGGAGGACGAAGUUCCUGUCACCUCCGAGGUGAAAGUUGCAGAGAAAACCGACGAUGGGAGGACACUUAGCCUCGAUGAGAUGAUCAAAAAGGCCGGUGAGAAGGUCAACAAGGCCGGCGGGCUCCAAGCUAUUGGCUACGGAGCCGCUAGGGGUCGACCCUACUUCCGAG